GAGGCGGGCGGGGAGGGCCGGGAGUGUCUGGCCAUGAUGACAGAACGUGUCCCCCCCCUCCCGCCACCUGCCCGGGCUUGCCUGGACAUGCUGGGACUUGCCUGGCAGUGAGGUCACCCCUGUCUGUGCGCUCACACUGCCCGGAGAUAGGAAGCUGGAUUGCUAUUUUUACUCGGGGUGCUGGGUCUGAGCCCGGGGUGCCCACGGGGGUGACCAAAGGGACUGAGUGUGGCCCCCCAGCCCCCCUGCUGGCACACUGGGUUGGUGACAUGCCUGGUAAUAGGAUCGCUGAAUCUUUAAGGCUGGAAAAUUCACCUUUUUGCAGAGACCUCCAAGGUCCUCGAGUCCAAAAUCUGACUGAUCCUCACCCUGUCAGCUAGACCAGAGCUCUGGGUGCUACAUUCAGUUGUUUCUUGCACAUUUCAAGGGUGGAAUGUGGGGAAGACAGUGUGGCCCUGGCAAUCCAAAGGGGCUGCAGGUGCUGAGUUUGGGGAGAAAUCUUCCCUGCAGGAGGCUGAGAAGUCGCUUCUUGGGGAAGUUUGGGGAUGGGGAGGAUCUUUUGUGGCCUGGCUUUGAGAGUCCCAGAUUAGGUGGGAAAUGGGAGCUGUGAAUCUUCCUUUUUAAAACUGAUUUAAUGAGUGUGGCUGUUGCAGUGAGGGCAAGCCUUAGCUCUGAAAACUCAAAUCCCAGAGUGGUGCUGCCUCUUAUCAGCUGGACUCGAUGAUCUUGUAGGUGUUUUCCAACCUAAACAAUUCUGAUUCUGUGUCGACGUUCCUCAUAAGUGGGGUGUAGUGAGGGGUCCAUUAUCCCCACAUGUGUGUCAGGGGAAGUUCUGCUCGGAUGAAAAGGCUUUGUCACUUUCUGGGAAGGUCAAGGCUUUUGGCACCGAUUUGAAAAAAAACAAACAAGGUCUUGUUUCUGGUUACCCAACAGCUCCUUGCCGAUAAGGAGGGUGGUUAACAAAGUGGUCAAGCUUGUGGCAUGUUCUUGCAGCUGCUUGAAGGUUUCCUUACAACCGGGUUUGAGUUCUUGAGAUGAAGAAACUGGCCAGAAAAACAUCCUGUUGCUUCACUUGCCCGUGUGCCAACUUGCCCUUGCCUGCGUGGAGGUGGGGAUGAGCAGGCUGGGGACCAGGGGAGCAUCAUCCAGCUGUGGCUCUGAGGCUGGCACCCCGAGGGCUGUUGUGGGUGGAGCAGUGAGGUGCUGGAUGCUCUGACCUGGCAGGGGGAGCAGGGAAUGUUGAAUCUGCACCUUCCCCACCUCCUGUCUCGCGCUGGGCUGUGUCUGACCUCAGCCCUGCUCAAGCCUUUGCUAAAAUCUCCAGAAUCAGAAUCCGGAUGUGUCAGUCCCCUCUGGGCUGCCUCAGUGCAGACCCAGCCCAGCUUGUCCUGCCUUGCUUUGCCCUGUGUUUGCUCCUCUCACCGUAACUCGCUCUGCUUUCCCCGCAGCCGCCACGAUGCCGCUGUCCCAGAGCAGGGCUGGGCAGAGCCCCUGCAGCAGCAAAGCCUGCAGGAACCUCUUUGGCCCCGUGGACCACGAGCAGCUCCAGCAGGACUUUGAGGACAAGAUGAAGCAGCAGCUGGAAGAAGCUCAGCAGCGCUGGAACUUCAACUUUGAGACAGAGACUCCCCUGGAAGGGCCCUUCAAGUGGGAGAGGAUGCUGGUGGCUGAGCAGGCACCCCAAGAAGUUCACAGCCUGGUCAGGGCUGUCAUCAGCAGUGACAGCAGGAGCUCCCUGGCCCACAGGGUGCCCCCCAAGGAGCGUGGUGUUGGCAGGAUUUGCCCCGAGGAGGCUCAGCAGAGCUCGAAGGUUUGCAGGGCUGGUUCCCUGCAGGGCUUGAAACGUGGGCAGACCACGAUCAAAGACUUCUACAGUGCCAAGAGGAGGAUCGUCCCUGCCCGGCCCCAGCCGUGACCCGCUGCCACCCGGAGCGUGGCUCCCCACCCUGAGCUGUGCUGUAGCCAUGUAGAUCUGUAGUUCCCUAUUUAUGACUUGCUCUGGGGUCCUGAGGGACCUUCACUGUGUGCAAUGUAGAGGAGGAGCCCCACGGUGGGGCUGGAGGAGGACUGAGAUGGACCUGGUGGGAUGAAGGAGCUGCCCUGCCUGUGCCCUGUGCCUGUGGGUCCAAGCACCGUCCUUGUGCUGUCCUGCCGUCCUGCCGUGGUCUGUCCCCUGCCUAGGGGCCGGUCCUGGGGGACACUUGUGUCCCAACCACCUGGUGGCACCAGAUAUCUUUAAGAAAUGUCACCGGUGUGGGUUGUGGAGCCCUGGCACAGGGGGUGCCCUCUGUCCCCGCAGGAUGGGCUGAGCAUUGUCCGUGUGUGGGAGCAGAGUGAGGAGGAGGCUGCUCCUUCCCAGGCUGGGCAGAGGGAGCUGUUCCCUGCACAAACCUUCCCUGGGAGCAGCCAUGGGGACCAACGGGAGGCUUUGGGACCCCCUGCACUCUGCUGGCCCCAGAUCCCACCUCCUCACCCUGCUGUUGGCUUGCUGAGUGAUGCUGCUUGCCCCCGUGCCCCUGCCUGCCCCAACACUGGCGCCAGGCUGGGCAGCCCCUGCUCUGCCUCUGCUGGGCUCCUCUAGGAAGAAGAGGAGUUCUACUAUUUCAGCAUCAGCAGCAGGGAUGAUGCUGAAAUAAGGAAUUGUAGCUUGUUCUCCUGGACUCUUUCUCCUUUGGGGCUGGUGGGGAGAGGACCCUCACUGGCUCUGCUCUGGGACCAAGGAUGGCCUGGGGUAGAGGCUGCUCAGUUCCAGCACUGAAGGAUGAGUCCCUGAGGGACUCAACACUGUCAGAUCUUGGCACUUUCAUGGAGUUCAUCUGCUGCUCUGCUGGAUUUGGACUCUGGAAACUGGUGCAAGAUGGUCCCAGGAAGAAGAGGGACAGGGUUGAUCUCCUACCUUGCACCACCAUGCACUUUGCUGUGGGUGAAGCUGCCAAGCUCCCAGCACUAAAUGUUUAUUUAUAUUUAAAAUAAUCCUAUGAAGUUAUGUGGGGAGAGGGGUAAUACCUGUUUUUCUGUAAGUGUUAACUCUGAAUAAACACUUUUGCCUGAAUAAA